UCACACGAAGUCACGAAGCAGCAGGACAGCGUCCGCUCCGCCCGCCGCAGGCCGUCUCUUCUUGGGUUCAGUUCAGUUCAAUCUGCUCUGUUGAGUCACUGGUAAGCGAAUUUAAACGAAUGGCGAGAUCAGGAGCCCUCUAUGUCGUCGCGCUGGUCGUGGCGGCCGCCGCCGUCGCGCUGGCCCCGACGACGCAGGCGAGCUUCUUCUGCACCGACGAGGACCUCGCGUCGGACGACUCCAUGUGGGCGCUGUACGAGCGCUGGGCCGCGCACCACGAGGUGGUGCCCGAGACCAGCCGCUUCCCCAUCUUCAAGAACAACGCGCGCUGGAUCCGCGACAGGGUAGCUUGAAUAUAGCUUCGCCACUGCCUACGAGGAAGUCAUCACUCAUUGGACGGGGUUAAGGGAGGAGAACGAUGAGUAACCAUUACCAAGAUAUAUGUGUAUGUGUAGCAAAUAAACGUAAGCACAGUUUCAGUUCGCGAGUCAUUAUUUGAAAGCCGUGACAUUAUUAUAUAUGUACCUGAGUGUCAAAAUAAACCUGUGCUGUUACUGUGAGUCAAUGUAUAGCAAUUCCCAUCAACAAUUUCACUUCGUUUCUGAAACCCAGUCUUACUUU